AUGGCGCCUUUCAAGAAAUAUUUGCGUGACCUAUGGAUCGCAGAAGACAUGGUCAGUACACCGGACGGUGACGAUGAAGAAUACUGGAAGUCGCCAGCCUCUCGCGUCAAGAGGACCACAAUGAUCAAGCGCGCGAUCCUUGCGUGGGAACGUAUCACGCCUGAUCAGGCUCGGGCCAGCUUCUUGAAGGCCAUUACACAGUAG